AUGUCGGCCGAAUUGUCUGUUGAUAUGUUAAGUAAACCUUUGCCGGAGAUUGUUUUCAGAAGAAAAAAUAAUGCUUUAUUCAAGAAAUUAGCUCGAAAGACUCAUUUUAAUGUGAGAGAAGUCGAAGCGUUAGCUAUUAUACAUAGAAAAAUAACACAAACUUUGGGUCCUAUGACAAGAUUCGUAUUUAGAGAUGUUUUGCAUGCUGGUUUGGAUUUUACUGAAAACAUUCGGCAUAUAUAUAUCGACAGAAUUUUCUCUGCAUUUGACAAGAAGAACGUAUUGCAAAUUCAUCUGGAACAAUGGAUCGAAGGGCUUUCUACAAUUCUUCGUGGCAAUCUGAAUGAAAAGAUACAUUUUGCUUUUAAUAUAUACGAUUUUAUGCAUACGAACAAAUUAAAGAAAGAGCAAAUAUUUCCAACAAUGCGAGGUUGCUUGAUCAAACUGCAAACAGACGAAGAUCCCGAUGAAGCUGUGAAGGAUUUGGUUGAUUUACUGUUGAAAAAACUCGACAUCGAUCGCGACGGUGUAAUAUCCGAAGAAGAAUUUUGCAGGGCCGUAAAAGAGAGAAAUCUACUGCUGCUAGAAUCUAUGGGACCGGUGUUCCCGUCUAGAGUAGCGCGACAAACAUUUCUGAGCACAUUCACGGAUCGCCUUGGACGAUUUUGA